GGUGUUGUCGGUUGUUGUAGCAACCGUGUACUGAGCGCUACAACGUUGUAUCUUCUGCUGGCUUUGUUGGUGGAUUAUGUUAAUAUUAGUUGAAGUAGGAAUAUUACUGCUAAAAUAAUGGUAUUCGUAUUGAAACACUAAGUCUUUGUCUGAUACGUAAAUAGUUGUUUAUCAUGUCGGCUGUUAGCAGUCUUGUCCCUGCGCGGUUUCUGACAAUCAUAGCUCACCUUGUCAUCGUUAUCACCAUCUUUUGGUCGAGGGAAAACAACGUGAAGGCCUGCUUGCCUUUGGAUUUCACACCAGAACAAUAUGAGAACGAAGACAGAAAGUUGGUGGUGGCGUUGGCAGUCACUCUCGGUCUCUUUGCUAUCGAGUUAGUUGGUUUCUUCUCAGGAGUGUCCAUGUUCAACUGCAGCCAAGGUCUCCUGUCAUUGGCUGUCCACUGCAGUGCAUCCGUAUCCUUGUCUUUCUUUGUGUUUGAGAAGUGGGAGUGCUGGACAUAUUGGGUGAUUUUUGCCAUAUGCAGUGUUCUACCUGCUUUUGUGGAGGUCGUCCUGUUUAUAGCUGUUUUUGGACUGAAGAAGAAACCUUUAUGAAAGAAAGGCUUGGCAGGAAAUGCAUCAGGUACAGAUGCCCACAGCUGUUUCAAGAAUGAUGAAGCUACUGAAUGUCUGUGAGUCAGUGAUGAUCCCAGAGGAGUGAGCUGAAAAAAAAGGACUUAUGUUCAUACAUUGGAACAAAAAAACACCAAGGGAACAUACAAGAAACUGUCUGAAAUUAUUUUUUAUAAAGUUUUAAUAUUUUGAUUCAGUAGAUGCAGAGAAGCAUGUGACCUUUUCAUCGAACAUGUCAAGAUUGGUUAUUUUAGGAAAGAAAUGACUCUCUAAUCCAUUGUUCAGGGAAUGAGGGCAGAUUUUUCAGUGAACACCUUUUUUUUUUUUUACAGUCUUUCUGUUAUUUUUAUAUUGAAAGUCUUGGAAACUGUUGUGAUUCCAAAUAAAUGUUGUACCAUUUUGUCUUAAA